UUUUGACAGAUUUGACUUGACAUAACUUUUCUAACCAUGUUUUGUCAUGAUAUUUCUUGAUGAUUUUUGUGAUUUAAUUCCCAUUACAGUUGUGCAAUAUUGAUAAAAAUAUUAAUUACUGUAAAUAGAUAAUAUAUUUGAGCAGCAUGUGGAAAGGUCUCAGAUUAACACAUUCACAAUUAUCAAAGAUACAUUUCAAUGGCCACAAGCUUCAGCCUGUCGGUGUUGCUGCUUUAGAUUCCGUAUUAAAUCAGUGUUAUGAGUUAUGUAAAAAGCCGCCAAAAGGUUUCGAGAAAUAUUUCCAGCCAGGAACUGGUCAGAAACAACCGAAAACCCCAGAUAAAGAUGGAACGCCGCCACCAUCGAAAAGCACGCCUCCGUCGCCGAAACCUAGCUCGUCCCAGGACAAAUGGAAUAUGAAUAUAUUUUCAAGUGGUCCAGGGAGCGGUAGAGGUGGUGGCCGAGGCGGAUAUGACGGACAGGACAGGGAAAAAUGGAUGAUGUUUGGCGCUAUGGGAGUAAUGACUUUACUUGCUUCGUUUGCUUAUUUCGAGCUUCGAUACAGAGAAAUCAGCUGGCGAGAUUUUGUGAAUUUAUAUUUAAAUAAGGGUACUGUAGAGAAAUUGGAAGUGAUAAACAAAAAGUGGGUGCGUGUAAAGCUACAACCAGGGUCAGCACUUGAAGGCAAAAUUAUUUGGUUUGCGAUUGGUAGUGUGGAUUCCUUUGAGAGAAAUUUAGAGAAUGCACAAAUAGAAAUGAGUAUAGACCCACCAAAUUUUAUUCCUGUUAUCUAUAAAACUGAAGUUGAAGCGUCUAGUUUGACUGGUAUGCUUCCGACAUUACUUAUUAUAGGAUUUUUAAUUUAUAUGAUGAGAAGAUCAGCUGAUAUGAUGGGGAGGGGAGGUCGGAAAGGUGGUGGCCUUUUUGGUGGAGUUAUGGAGUCAACUGCUAAGCUUAUAAAUCCUUCUGACAUUGGUGUUAAAUUCCAAGAUGUUGCUGGUUGUGAGGAAGCCAAAAUUGAAAUUAUGGAGUUUGUCAACUUCUUGAAAAAUCCACAGCAGUAUAUUGAUCUUGGUGCAAAGAUUCCAAAGGGUGCAUUGCUCACUGGCCCACCUGGCACUGGUAAGACACUGCUGGCUAAAGCAACAUCAGGAGAAGCGAAUGUCCCAUUUAUUACAGUGUCUGGUUCAGAGUUUUUAGAAAUGUUUGUAGGUGUUGGCCCCUCCAGAGUUCGAGACAUGUUCUCAAUGGCACGAAAGCAUGCUCCAUGCAUUCUUUUCAUUGAUGAAAUUGAUGCUGUGGGCAGGAAAAGAGGUGGUCGUAGUCUCGGUGGGCAUUCAGAGCAGGAGAAUACUUUAAAUCAGCUUUUAGUAGAAAUGGAUGGAUUUAAUACUACUACAAAUGUUGUAGUACUGGCUGCUACAAAUAGAGUAGAUAUACUUGAUAAAGCUCUCCUGCGACCUGGAAGGUUUGACAGACAAAUCUUUGUGUCUGCUCCUGAUAUUAAGGGUAGAGCAUCAAUAUUCAAGGUCCACUUAGCACCAUUGAAAACAACUUUGAAUAAAGAGAACUUGGCACGUAAAAUGGCUGCUUUAACACCAGGAUUCACUGGUGCAGAUAUUGCAAAUGUAUGCAAUGAGGCUGCUUUGAUUGCUGCUAGAGAACUCGCAAAUGAUAUCACAAUGAAAAACUUUGAGCAAGCCAUUGAAAGAGUAGUUGCUGGCAUGGAGAAAAAAUCAAAUGUCCUACAACCAGACGAGAGAAAGAUUGUCGCUUAUCACGAAGCUGGGCAUGCUGUUGCUGGUUGGUUCUUGCAACAUGCAGAUCCUUUGCUAAAGGUCUCCAUCAUUCCUAGAGGGAAAGGUCUUGGUUAUGCCCAAUACUUACCCAAGGAACAGUAUCUUUACAGUAAAGAACAAUUAUUUGAUAGAAUGUGCAUGACUCUUGGAGGUAGAGUGAGUGAAGAAAUAUUCUUUGGCAGAAUAACAACAGGUGCCCAAGAUGAUUUGAAGAAGAUCACACAAAGUGCAUACGCUCAAAUUGUCCAUUAUGGUAUGAAUCCAAAAGUCGGUAAUGUGUCAUUUGAAAUGCCACAACCUGGAGAGAUGGUCAUUGAUAAGCCAUACUCAGAGAAGACCGCCGAAUUGAUAGAUUCCGAAGUUAGAGAUUUAAUCUCUAACGCGCAUAAACACACAACAGAUUUGUUGACAAAACAUAAAGAGAAUAUAAUUAAAGUUGCGGAACGCUUAUUGAAGCAGGAAAUUCUAAGCAGGGACGACAUGAUAGAAUUGUUAGGACCCAGACCUUUCCCAGAGAAGAGUACUUACGAAGAGUUCGUUGAAGGUACUGGCUCUCUUGAAGAGGACACUACCUUACCUGAAGGACUCAAGGAUUGGAAUAAAGAGAAACCCACUGCUCCAGCUGAUGGCACUCCCUCGGGUGCUAGUGCCACUAAAAAUUAAGUCAUGUAGAUUAUUGUUUUUGUAGACAGUUAUAUGUGAAAUAAAUAUUUUAAUUACCUUUAAGAUCUAAAGGAAUUUUUGUUUGUUUGUACUGUGUGUGUAAUUAUUUUCUAUUAUCGUGAAAAGUGAUACAAGGCAAGCCAGUAUUACAACAGGUGGCAGCCGAUCUAACAACAAAUUUAUCUUCCGUUAAAUAUAACGUUCUAAAAUGGCAUUUUAUUUGUUAACAAAAGGCUGUUUGUAUUUCUCUUUGAGUAUUUAUGUAUUUGUAGGUAUGUAAUAUAGCCGGCUUCUAUGUUACAUAAUAUAUGCUUUUAAAUAAAUAAAUUCCUCAUGUU